AUGAGUUCCGGUGCACGGCCCAGCCCCGCGGUGACUCCAACCGUGCCGCUGGUGUCCUUCAGCUCGGACCUGCUGCCCUUCAGGACGGAAGACCACAGCGGCGAGGACACGGACGGAACGCACAGCAACGACGCAGUAAACCACAUCGAGACGGACGACGCCAGCAGCAUCCACACCAUCGACCCGGCCACAGGCUACUCGCUCAGUGACGAGCGCAAGCGCGAGCUGCUCAACAUCGCGUCGUUCGUGAGCGUGAACAUCAGCCUCGAAAGCAGCAGCUUCGCGCCGGAAGUGAUCUCGUGCCUCCCGAUUGAGAUGGACGGCUGGCAGCUUCGCCUUGCGAUCACCGAGAAGAACUACACCAUCCACAACCAGAAGUUCUUCCCGUGCAACGUCAAGGACAUGUUCGACUUCUGCUGGGAGACGAACGUGGCGCAGAAGAUCUCGAUCAAGCACGCCAAGAAGCACUACGUCGUGGUCACGCCUCUAGACAAGGAUGUGGCCCACGUGUACUCUAAAACAACGGGCAAGUGGUCGCUGAACGUGCACGGCGUCCCGAACGUCAGCUACAACAGCAUCGUGUGUCGGCGGUACAUCCCUGAGGAACACCGAGCCAUCAUCUGCCAGCAGAGUGUACUGGAGGAGCGCGACUUCCAGGACGAGAGCACGCUGCCGUGGCUGUUCAAGCGGUGGGUGGUUUUCCGGCCCCAAGUCCAGGACGGAGUCGAGGGCACCUUCGUGGAGGCCUACCGCACUGCCAGCUACGCCACUGGACGGCUCAUUUACAAGGAGAACAAGACGUACGACAGCUUCUGCGAGCAUCUGAUCCGGCGUUACGCCGAGUCCAACUCGCUGUUGGAGCGCAUGAUGGCUCGGGACAAGCGAUUUACGCACGCGUUCGACGCUAGCGUCCGGACGGAGGCGGAAGCCGAGUCCGCCACGGUCUCAGACCGCAUGAUCAAGGAUUUGUUGCUCUUCUGA